AUGACAUGUAAAAACUGGAUAUUAAUUUCUACUACUACCCCCACAAGUCUGGAAGAUGAAAUUGUGGGAAGACUUCUAAAAAUUUUAUUUGUUAUCUUUGUUGACUUAAUGUCUAUUAUAUAUGUUGUUAUUACUUCUUAG